UUAGGAGUCUUGGGUAAUGUGUCUGGGAAUUAAUGUAGAUUUAGGGUUUUAUGCUACAAAUGUUUCAGAGUUCAGACUACAAAUAAUGUUAAAAGGAAACAAAAACUGUUGUGCUUAAAUGAUUUUCAACAUCCUCCAGAAAUCAUCACCUAACCUGUACAAGGUUAACCAUGAAUGUAAAACUUUAUUCCAGCCUGUUGGUACUCUUCUUCAUCAAUACUGUGUGGACUCUUAAUAUCAGACCAAUAUAUGAACAGCCUGACCAAUAUGAGUGGUCUUUCUACAGCUUUGAGUGUCCACAAGAAUGCUACUGUCCACCUAGUUUCCCAAAUGCUCUAUAUUGUGAUAGCAAGGAACUUAAAGUAAUACCUACCAUCCCAGCAAGAAUUUGGUAUCUCUAUCUUCAAAACAAUCUCAUUGAAACAGUUACAGGAAAAUCUUUUGUAAAUGCCACUCAACUAAAAUGGAUAAAUUUGAACAACAACAAAAUCACUAGCAAUGGAAUUGAAAAGGGUGUUUUCAGCAACUUAAAAAGUCUACUGUACUUGCUUCUUGAGGAUAAUGAGUUAGAAGAGGUGCCUGCUCCACUGCCAAUAAGUUUAGAGCAGCUGCGUUUGGCAAGAAACAAAAUCACUACAAUCCCUGGAGGAGUCUUCAACAAUUUGGAAAACCUCACUAUGCUAGAUCUGCAUCAGAACAACCUGUUGGACAAUACUCUUGCAAGUGACACCUUCCAAGGACUUCGCAGCCUCAUGCAACUCAACAUUGCUCAAAACUCACUUACAAAAAUGCCACCAAUCCUUCCAGCUAAUGUAAUACAGUUGUUUUUGGACAAUAACUCUAUUGAAACAAUACCAGAAAAUUACUUUAAUGCAAUGUUAAAACUGAUUUUCCUUCGAUUGAACAACAAUAAAUUAACUGAUAAAGGUCUACCAACCAAAGUAUUUAAUAUUUCAUCUCUUCUUGACCUUCAGCUUUCUUACAAUGAACUCACCAAAAUCCCUUCUAUUAGUGUUCACCUUGAGCACCUUCAUCUUGAUAACAACAAGAUCAACAGUGUUAAUGGAACUCAAAUGUGUCCAAUUCCUAUCCCAGGAGAUCAUGUUUAUGAGAGAAACUUGCCACGCCUCCGCUAUCUCCGCCUGGAUGGCAAUGAAAUCAAACCUCCAAUUCCGUUUGACCUCAUGUUAUGCUUCCGACUCCUUCAGGCUGUUGUUAUUUAAGGACAGUUUAGUGUCACCAUUGUUGAGUUAGUGAACAUGUUUUGCUGGCAUUAAACUUGUUAGACCUUCCACUUGUCUCUCGGUUAAUUAUAAUCUACUUUUUCACAUGGAGUUUGAUUUUCAAUAUUUAGUGUUGCAUUUACUUUCUUUUCUUUCACAAAAAGACUUUCCUGUUACUAAUUUCUUUAUUUUAAAUGUCAUUCUACUAAUAUUAUGCGUUUAGUACCCAAAUGUAUUUUCUAGCUGUGGGUUUGA